AUUAUCAUACUUGUGGAAACGGUGAGUGUCUUCUGCUGCUACCAUCGAUUGAUUGGUUUUGUUAUCCUGUCUGCUGUGUCGUCUUCGGCUUCUGAGAGCGGCGUUCGAGUGCAUGCUGGCUACCACCUUCAAUCAGCGACUGCACGUGCUGCUAGACAUGGAUUUCUUGCUUCUCUUCGCUACCGGUACUGCCGGGGACGGCGACAGCCAAAACAACAGACGCUGAUGCUAACCACAGCGACAAACAACUCGAGAACUUCCAUGGCUCUACCAGUAAUAGAUUUCAGCCAGCUGGUCUCCACAAUCGUUACUGGCAGCAUCCUAACAAGCCAGCCACGGUCCACCCGUACAGCGUACAAUGCUACGGGCUAUCGGUACACCAAAACAUAUUUUCCUUGCACCCAUUCUGCUGCCUUGUCUCGACACAAUGGCUCCUCUAUAUGCUAUCGUUGCUUGCAUCAAAUUGUUGGCUCCAAGUUGCUUCGCUUGUGAGGGAUAGCUCUACUAGAGCUCUAGCUAGCUAGUAGCUAGAGCCCAAGCUAAUACACUAUCCUGGAUGAUGGAAUUUCAAGCACCUGACAAAUUCUCUCAACUUGCUUGAACUCUUUUGUACUGCCUAGGUGCACGGGAUGGAUGCAUACCACCACGACCCCUUGUUGGACCAUGAUCCAGACAAUGAAGAUGAACUUGAAGGCCCAAAUCAAGCGCCCUACUCUGUUGCAGGACAACAUCAUCACGGCUUCAGCGGUGGAGCGUACUAUCACGGCGGACACCCUCAUCCGCAUGUCCAUUAUGGAAGCGGUGCUCCAACUCAUGGCAACCUAGAUUAUGCUUAUGCUGCAGGGGGGUACUCCAUAGACCCGAGAAUGCAUCAUCCCCAUCAUCAACAUCAUCCUUACCAAAGUGGUCCUCGUCCCAAUGCUGCUGGUCCCUACACCUACGCCACCCAGCCCGAACCUCCCAGCAUUGCUACCGAUGCUCAAAGCUCUUCGAAUAGAUGCACCAAUCUUGACUUGCUGCUGCAGGCAUCAGCUACUGCACAACCAAUGCCGACCUCCAAUGGAGGAUCUCAGAGCGAAGGUGGUGGGCCGGGACUGCUCUCCUACAUGAGCGGUCACGACAGCCACUUUGGCCCAGAAACACACACGCGCAUGGGAAUGGCAACAGGUGUACCGGUACACUAUCCACAUCCUGGACACCCGCCUCCACCACCUCCGCCACCGUACCCUGGACAAAAUCCCUCUGGUUUUAUCCCGUCCCAUGCAGGCAGUGAUGCGAGGAAACGACCUGCGCCGGCGCCUUUGGUUGCCCCGCCAAGCUCUUCAGGAGGCAUUUUCGAUGAUGCUGAGUCUGAAGGGGGGCACAAACCUCCUCUGCAGAGAACAGAACCAAGCUUGCCUGUGAAGAAGAAGGCAAAGGUCGCCAGCUCGAGCAAAGGAGGCAUAUUUGAUGAUGCUGACGAGGAUGAAUCCUUUGACGCACCUACGUAUCCACCGAGGCUUGGGAUCUCGGGCGACCUUGCUGCUGCUAAAGAAUCACAGGGUCAAACGAACAAGCCGUCUGGGCAGAAUCCAAAAGUGCGGAAGUCUGCCAAGAAGAAGUCCAGUAAAUCAAAGAAAGGUGAAGUUAAACAGAAGGACAUCCCAGUGGAUGACAAGGACAAGGAACCUGACAAAGACAAGAAGAAGAAAAAGAAACCGACGAAGCCGACGAAAAGAGUCCUGGUCGCGAAGAAGGAAAAGGACCAAGCGCUUAAGAUCGUAGAGCCGAUCGAUGACUUGAUGGGCAUACUUGUCUCACACCACUGCCGAUUCUUGGCCAAGAAGUGUUGGAUUUUCUCCAUUCAGCAGCUUGACAGCGUUCUGCAAUCUACAAACCCACCUGCCGAUUCAAACGAGCAGAAAGAAUCGUCUUCACUUCGAAGUCAACUGCUUUUGCAAGUGGCACAGAGCUCUUUGGUGUCAUCAGCAACUAAGGGCACCAAGAAAGCUGACACCUUGUCUGAAGGCAACCGCCAAAACAAUGGAGAUGUGGGAAAGAAUCCAGCUGGCCUUCAAAACGAAGAUACCGGCACGGUGGCGGGUGCAUCGUCUCCCACCGAGAUCCAUCAUACCAAAGGUGUCUCCUCAAGCAAUCCUCCACAAGAAAGCGGCCGUUCGAAUGGAAAGGUGGAAGUUGACUCGAAAGCGAAAGCAGAAGCAGAGCGUUUGCUUCGGGCUUGGGAAGAAAGGAUCAAUGCGUGGAAGCAGCGAGAUCCAAAGGAGCGCCGGCUUCCCAUGGAAAAGAAAUUUCCUCUCGACGGGCCCGUGUCGUGCCUUUUCCCUACGGUUGCUUUACGUUUCUUUGCCUCGGUCCCGCUUCGAUCACUCUUUGACUUUAUGAGCAUCAAAAAGACAGAAACAGGAGCCAUCAUUGCACUGUGCGGGGCCUGGAGAAAAGCUUGCGGUCUCACUGAGGGCGCACCCCUCGCUCUAGCCAAACAUUUUCUCGGUUUGGGCCUCCGAGUCGAGACUGCAAUAUCAUCAGUGCCACCGACAGAUCCUGCGACAAGAAAGUGGAUGAAGGACAUCGUCGUGGUUCUCACGGGGGCUGCCCGGGAGUUCGUUGUAGAUUCUCGAAAGAUCUCGUCUGGCGCCGAAUUCAUCGAAACCAGAACCAAGGACCUUGCUACUGCCCUAGUCGAAUGGAGAACCACCAAGGGGCUGCCCCCUCUCAAGGGGUCUGGCAAGGUUGCCAUGAUCUCUGGAUGGAAAGCCAAUGUAAAGGAGGCCUUGGAUCUUGAAGAGGGCAAAGGGAAAAUACUCAAAGACAUCGACCUUCAGGCAUUAGUAGAAGCGGCAGAGAAUACUCCGAUUGUACAGGAUGAGGAGGGGGAGAAACAAGCGAAAGCAUCCGCUAAGCAAGAAGCCGCCAAGCAGGCAUCCGCCAAACAUGCAUCCGCUAAGCAGACACCCUCUAAGCAGACAGCACCAAAAGAAUCAAAAGAAACGAGAGAUUCGAAAGAACCAAAAGAGGUGAAGAAACAAGGUCAAGCGCUCGCGAAGAAGACCAAGCAGCCAGAGCAGAAAAAGCAAACCCAGACACCUAGCAAACAGACUGGGAGCCAGAAUGCUGCAAAGCAAGGCAAGACGCCCCCGACGAAGCAGAAAAAAGAACGAGAAAAGAAAAUGCAAGGUAUGGUAUCGCCCAAACCAGUGCAGGCGUCCAACCCUUUACAGCAAGCUUCCACUUCUGAAAAACGGAUUCAGGAUGUUGACGAAGCUCAUUCCACGAAAUUCUUCGAGGGUGUGCUCGACCCUAAGCACAUCUCGAUCCUUCAGCAUGCGGGUGUAACGACUGCUGCAGAGCUUUUUGCCGCCCAGAGGAACCCGGGUUCACCGUUAGUUAUCACAUUGUCGACGAUAUUGCCUGAUAAGAAGUCGUACGAAUUGGUCAUCUCUGAUUGGUGUCAAAUGGUGAGUAAGAAGUUGAACGAAAAGCUUCCGGCAAAAUCGAAAAAGAGGAAAGGCAAUCCUCCAUCGGGAUCUGUAGCCGAGGAGAAGGCACAGGCGCCGGCUGCAAAGAAGGCCAAGAAAGAAAAACGCAAGGAAAAUCAACCAGAAGGGAAACCGCAGGAUAAAACCAAAGACCCUGCCAAGGAGAAGGCUGUCACGACAUUUCUCAGUUCCCUUGGAAUCACCAGCGCGGAGGCAUUCAUGCACAGCCGGACCACAGACCUUUCUGCUGCCUUUGUCGAAUGGCGGGCAAAACACAACAUGUCCGUUUUGAAGGGGUUAGGCGCUAUUGCUUCUGUGAGUGGAUGGAAAGCUCAGGUGCGGAAAAUGGCAAAAGAGCGGGGCUUGGAGGAGCUUGCACAGGCUGGUCCAGGGGGGCCGAGCCAAGUAACUCCAAGCACCGUGCAAACGAAGACCAAGGAGGAGCCAAAGGUAAAGGCCACCACGAAAAAGCCCACCCCGCAAGUAAAACCUGAAGCGAAGCCACCGGGAAGCAAGACGAGCAGCAAAGCGAUCAUCAAGAUGAGCAGCAAGAAAGUGCUCUCUUUUCCAGAGAUCCUGUUUGGAAAGCCAACGAAAAAACUAGUCGUCGAGAGUUCACGAGACCCUAGGCUUCGUUUCUACUUUCAGUUGUCCAUUCGAAAGAAACCGUCAGGCAUAGGACUUUUCAUUUGUUUCCUAGGUGCGAGGAAGUUGCAGACAGUGUACCGCGAUUACGCACGCGUGGUCCAGCCUCACGUAGCAGUGAUAGAGAGCGGGGACGACUACUCCUUUGUAUCCAUGCCGGUGGCGAAGGACCUGUCAAAGAAGAUCAAGAAGGACCCGAAUUCGCCAAAUGCCGCAGGAAAGCAGAUUCGUGUCCCCUUCUCGACGCAAGAAGAUGGUUGUGGCAUGCUGGAACUGUGCGCACAUGACGUGUGGCCUUUGCCAUGCGAAGGGGAGGUUGAAAGAGUGUUUCCAAUCAUAAAGAGCUUUCUCCUUCAGGUGUGUGGGGAAAGCUCGGAAGUCACGUAUGCAUCGAACGUUACUGUAGGCAAGGACGAGAACGGGAAAUGCCAGUACUUCUUGUACCUAAAAGAUCCACUGGAGAGAGGGCAAAGUGUCGAGGUACGAUUUUGCAGCCCCUUGGGAAAGGCAAAGAAAGUCAACGCGCCGAGGGCUACCAAGUGGAGGCAGCGUGUGGAAGAGAUGAUUCUUCGUCUGUCCAGGUUUGGCCUACAGUCGCUUGUGCAACGAAUUGCAUGUUUCGUCUCUGACGAGGUGGACGGCGACCUACAGAAGAUACCAGACAAAGAAGCCUCGGAUGCAAAGACUGCCCAAAACGACGUUCCGAUUCCUAAUUUGAUUGUUGCGCGAAGGCGAGCUCACUGGGUGACAUCAAAGAUUGUACAGCGGUUACAAGAAAUGAAGACGAAGGGAGGAUCGGCAAGAUCAGUUGGUGCCGAGGCUGUCGCUGCCUGGAAAACUGUCGCCUGGACCCCCGAGCUCGUUUCAAAGCUGCAGAACCAUCGCAUUUGGGACGAAUCAACUGUGGACUUGAUCAAGAAGGAAACGUACGGUGAACUCGACGAUGCGAUUGAAAGCAACGAUCUUUUGAACGCAUCUAGCCUUCAGCGGCUGUGUCCUCUUGGUAUGGACCUAUUUCAGGCGCUGGUUGAGAAGGUCAAUCGAUACAGUACCUCUCUGGAUGCAUCUUACCCGGAAGAAGUAUUCAUUGCCGAUAUCCGUGAGUUGUGCGUGGAGUUUGCACGAGCCGUAACAGACGCAAAAGGAGAGAGCAGAAAGGGCCUAGAGAAGCUUCUGUUGAAGUUCCAGGGAAAGGGAGACUUUCGACUUGACACGUCCCCCUCGAGAACACUGGUCUUCAGAAACUCGAUAUCCCAGGGUUACACUGAUGCCCUUGCGCUAUGCAAUGAGCCCGUCUUUGGAAUAAUGCCUCCUGAUGUUCAGCGCGUAAUUGCAACAUCGGAGGUUUCCGCCCCCCCUGCUCCACCUCUCCCGACAACUCCACCGCCACAAUCCACCGAAGGAACUGAAGCUUCGGCUCCCACACAAAAAUCUGGAAGUGCUCCCAGCAAAGAGACCGCCAAGAGCCCACCGAAAGAAUCUCCGCAGGCUCAGUUUAGAGUGCUCGACGAUGUCAAACGAGAUAUUUCCAGUGUCAACGAAGGCUGGUACAUAAAGUGUCAGAUGAUGAAGGUCUUGGAGGCAGUUAUGUCAUGCUCCUCGCUGCUGCUUGAGACCGGCGUCCCUCUGAAGGCAAGCGUAUUGAAAGAGGCAAGGGAUGCGGUUGCGAAGGUCGUCUCAGAAGAAACCAUUGCCCUUGGUGAAUCUUGCAAGCCAGAUUUCGAAGGAUCGUCAGUUGCCUUUCCAUGCGUGGUCAGCGCAUCGGAAUACACUCCAAAGUCGCUGCCAUUGUUCUUGGGCCUUGUGUGGCCAAACCUACGAAUCUCGCAUUGGCGAGUCGAAGGAGGAGAGACUCCGUCUGAUGUUGCGUUCCUGCCCCCGGGUCAACGAAGUCGGAAGGACAAAGAAGACCGCCAAGCAAAGGAGACCGUCAAGGAUCGUGCAAAGUCUCGAAUCAAGCUCGCAAAGGCAUCCAGUCAACUGGGACUUGGGUUGGUUCCCAAACUAACCAAGAGACUGUUUGUCAAUGCUGUGGAGGAGAAACCGAGAAGCUCAACCAGCGGAAACCAAACCGUUAGUGCUGCGCUCGCCAUGUUUUUGGAAAAAGCAACGAGCGAAAUCAGCGAAGACAACACGGAAGGAAAGAAUAGGGCAGAGUUGGUUGUCGACUUCGUCAAGGCUUCAUUCGACCAGAUGUAUCCUCUGCUGCUUUCCGACGAGGAAAAGAAGACCGAAGAAGGCAUUGCAGAUGGGCGUCGUCCCAGUGAUUUCGCUGGGUGCGAAUAUCUCAGCCAGUUUCUGCUUGUGGUUCCAGGUAUCAUGAGCCAAGCUCAGCUCUCCGUGCAACUGAUUGACGAUACGACAAUGGUGUUGAAGGAGCUUGCCAAUUUCUUGACACAGAAGCAUACCGAACUCUUUGACGCGCGUUUCCACCCACCAAAGGAGGAUUAUGUGGGCGAAAGGGCAGUGCCAUCCUCCUUUUCCUCUUGCCUGGAGAACCUGCGGUCUACAGCAGACUCGUCGCAAUCUUUGGAGUGCACCGAGGCAUUUUGGGAAGAAGAUCGUCCCGAGGUGACUGACUUCCUAGCUACUGUAAUGUCACAAGUUGUUCCCUGUCGUGCCACCGCAGAGGACGUUGCCAAGAAGAAUCGGCGCAUUGGAGUAGGAUUCGUCGGACUGAUGUGCCGCCACUGUUCGGGAGCCAAGGAAGGUCGAUAUUUCUUCACGUCAAUAGAAAGUAUGACAACUGCAGCCACAGUGAUUGAAAAGCACAUUCAAAAGUGCGAAAAGAUCUCACAGGACAUCAAGGACAGGAUGAAGGAAAGUCGUGGCCGUCAUGCUGAGCAGCGCAAAACUCUUGCACCAGGAGCACAGGCUGCUUACUUUCUUCGAUUGUGGGAGCGACUACGAUCGUCCAAGGUGCGAGAUGCUGCAGCUUCGUUGCAAAUGCUCGAAAUGACAGAGAAACAAGACAAUGAAAACGAGGACGGACCGGCAGGCCUCGAGUUUGAUAGUCAUAUCCGGCUGAUUGAUUAUCUGAGGAAUGCUCCUCCUUGGAAUGAGAAACCAGAAGUUUUGGAAGGCGUUAGGCGCUACUACGACUGCUUGGAACAUGGAGGGAAAACAUACGGUACUUUUGAAAUGCCCAAGAAUUUCAAUUCCGAGUGGCUGCUCACGCAACCUUGCGCCAAAGCGCCACCCACAGAGACAACGGCCGCACCGACUUCUGCCUCUGCCAGUGCUGGUACUCCAACGCCUGAUAAAAGCAAAAAGACUUCCAGUGGAAAGAAGAAAACCGGGAAUAGCACGGCAGCCCCAAAGUAA